AUGGAUGUGAAAAAAGUGUGCUAUAUCUGGAUUCUGUUAUCUCUGCUUUUGUUCGAUUGUUUGAUGGAAGGAUCAACGGAAGAAGCUUCGUUUGAAUUGCCUGUGCAAUUAGUUGGAUUUCCAUUUAUCAUAAUGGCAGUCCGUCUCACCAAUUUCGUUAAGAAACUGUCAUACGCUUUAAGUCCAGGUGGCGAUUACGAGUUGCCGGUGCAGCUUGUAGGUUUUCCUUUUAUAAUAGCAAGUGUGAAACUGACAAAUUUAGUCAAAAAAGUUUCUUACUCCUUGACUCCAGCAACCUACCGCUCGCGGAACCGUCGUGAGUUAACAGUGUCAGAGGUUGAGCCUUUCGACGUCGCUGAAGUCGAGAAAUAUAUCGUUGGGGAAUUUGGAGAAAAAUCGUGUGUGUUUGAGCGCGUUUGUGCACACUAUGCGACGCAGGCGAGCCUAUACCCAAGACAGCAGCUGAACUGGCCAGAUGUUUUCAGUCAAUACAAGCGGUCACCAGAUCAAGCCAAGGAGUUGUACCUUCUGAGUGUGUUCCUUGGUGAUAUUGUGGGUUCUCCGCAGUUAUGUCUACAACUUGGCAAGCGCAGAAGUUGCGACAACGAGCAGUUUGGAAUCGCGUAG